GAUGUCUAGAGUCUCCUGUAUUGGCCGAGCAUUUAACUUGCCAUUAAUCCUCGUGAUUGUGUUUAUACAUUUCCGUGGUCAUAAGAUGCUUAUGAAAUCGGAAGCGGAAAAUACUGUUUCAAGUUGAGGAAGUUAUUUAUGUGUUUUUUUUUAACAAAAGAGAUAUAAAUUCAUCGCUGUAAUGCAUUUAUUUUAAUCAUACAAACAUAAGACGAACAACAUAUGCAGGAUUUAAUGGAAUAUCAGUUUAUAUUUCAGUGAAGGCAUUUUAAUUUAUUGGUGUAUAUUUACAAUUUAUUUUCAAUUCAAUGAGAACUAACUAUAAGUUUAAUGCCAGAAGAACUUAGUUAAAAAACAUUCCAAAAUGGCAGCAGUACUUGGACGUACAGAAGUUGGUGUAAAGGAGUUCGGGACGACAGUGACCAUCCCUAAUGACCCCAGGGCGCGCCUCAUGUACUACAUGGACUGUAUCUGUAACGUGAUGGACAUGGGCGCUACACCCAACAUCACUAAGCUCAGGAACUACCGUCUGUACAACCUACUGACGGAGGCGGAGACGGACGCCCUCGUGUCUCUCUGUUUCCUUCUAUCCCCGGAUGAACUCAACGAUAAGGUCAUCAUACAGGACGAUACCUUGUGUGGAGAGAGCAACAAUGCGUUUUUCGAGAUCAGUGCGGUCCGCCACAACUUGCUAAUGACAAACAGCAUCGUCAUAGGCGGACAACAGUGCGCAGUCUCAAAAAUCAUGGUCUACAAGCGCCAAUGGAUUUUGAAGAACUGGGUCGAGCCAAUGAAGGCAUAUGCGGGACGCCUAGAGAGGAUUGCGACCGGUGGAGCGGCACUCCAACAAAGGAAUCGAUCAGUACCCAGCUACCAAUCGAUUCCCAGACCACAACACGAUCUUGAGCGCUCAAACAAAGGCGGCCGGUGUUGCUCUUGUACACUCCUGUAAAUUUGAAUCAAAUUGGAACGACGAUUGCAAAGCGAUUAAGUGUAAUAUAGAUAUAUACUCAAUUAGAGAAUGUGAGUAUGCAUUAUUACUUGAUGAGUUAUAUCAAUACAAAUCUUUUGUUUUACAUGAAAGCUGUCAAUUCAUCUAGAAUUCAUCUAGGAUUGAACUAUUCCCCGGUGAAUAGUAGGAACUGUUUGCUUCUGGUUCUAUGAUCGAUGCAAUAUGAGGAUGUAUUACUCGGUUGAAAACCUGCAUUAAAAACCCAUUUGAAACAAAUGUGUUGGAAACAUGAUAUAUUAAAAAAACCCUAAUAUGUAAUAGAAACCAUGAUAAAAAGGCCCAUGUUACAUUAGCAAAUUACAGUAACAUUUCCUGUUAACGAAUGUGACAUUAUUUGAUUAAACAUUUUUGACAUACAAUUUAUGUAUGGUAAAGAAAAUUAUGUUUUCAACUAGCUUUGUCUAUUGAAUGUUGUCUAUUGAUAUACCCUUCUAUUUAAUGAAUAAAGCAUUCGCCUCCUUUUACCACAUUAUCAAGGUAGAAAAAACUGCCAUGUCGACACAUAGCAUGUUUCUAUUGAAAUGUGUUAUCAUAAUUGUUAUUUACUAUAAUUCUAAUAACUUGCAACAAUGAUGCAUUAUGUGGUUUCUUUAGAUACUAUAACAAUGAGAUAUCGUUCUUUAAUUAAAAUAUAAAGUUCAGAGUAUUCUAUCUAAGUUUCCGAUAAUAAGUUGUAUUAAACAGCCUUUGAAAAACUGAUUUGUCAAUAAAUAUGAGGUAUGUAUGUGGAAGUUUGUAUAUUUUGACGCCUUGGGGACACUUUAUUUAUAUUUCUUACGCUUUUGUACUAAGAUUUAUUUAAGGAAUGAAUUGCUGGAUUGAUAUCAUUAUCGGGGUAUGAACGCAAGUGGGCUUGUCAAAGUGUGUGGAGUCCGAAGGACUCUAAUGUUUUUUAAAUAUAUAAGUGACUUCCUGUACUUCAAUAAUUUAGUUGUCUCUUAAGAGAUAUUUGCUUUAGCUUUAAUAGUUAACGUAUUGUAUUUUCUCGUCUUGUAAGGCCAAAUAAAAAAUAGGGGUGUUUCAGGUUACCCGACCGACCCUAUUUUUUCCCGCCAACCCUAACCUAUUUUUCCCUGAAAAAAAAUGUGAUCUAUUAAAAUCAAUAUAUAAAAAAUAAAUAAAAAAAAAUAAAAAAAUAUUCCGACCUACCUACCCUAUUUUUUUUGGCAGCGUUACCUGAAACGCACCUAUUUUUUAUUUGGCCUAAUGUUGCAGCCGUGGUAAUAUUUUAUUUGUCAUUGAUACUUUUAUACCAUUUUGCUAUAAUUGUAUUAACAGUUACCAGUUGAAUACGAUGUUAUUGUGUGUACAUAACUACAGAUAUAAAGACAUGGAAAAAACCUUGUCAACCUCGCACUAGUCCCAACAGUAAAGUUACGUGUUUGUUUCAGUGCCACCUCCCUCAAUUAAAGCUGCACUCUCACAGAUUUACCGCUUUGACACUUUUUUAUUUUUUGUCGUUGAAAUGAGCAAUUGUUUGCGUAUAUAUAUAUCUGCAAACCAUUGAUAAAAGAUUGCUGACAAAAAGAUCAGGUAGCAGAUUUUCAUAUUUCCGUUCGAAAAUUAAUGUUUUGUGGCUAAAAGCGUUACUAACAGUUUAAGAAAAACUCAUAUAACAUCAAUUUUUGAACGAAAAUAUGAAAUCGAUCUGCGAUCUAUUUUUCGUCCGCAAUCCGAUAUGACUGGUCCAUGCAUUUUCGCAUAAAUUAGCUAGUUCCAAGACAAAAAAUAAAGUUGUCAAAACGUUCAAUAUGUGAGAGUGCAGCUUUAAGGGUCAGCCCGAUGGGCUUACGAGACACCUACAUUCGUUAACAUCUUUUCCCCAUUCCCUAUCCCAUAUACGAGGCAGGAAGGCAAUCGGUACCCCUCGGUUUAACUAGCUGCUGGGUCAGCAACUGGCCAUGUCAGAAAAAGCCAUGUGCGUAAUAUUCAAUAUCAUUUUCAACUUUCAAGUGUCCGUUAGCUAAUCAAAAUUAAAGCUUUUCAUUUAAAUUGUGAAAUACAACUCAUUGUAAUGAAAUAGUGCGUAAUGCGAAUGUGUAUCGGUAAUGCACGAACAUUUGGUGAGAAAUACUUUUUUAUAUCGUAUUUGAAUUUUAAAAACAUGGAAAAUUCAAUAAAUAAAUUAAUGGGAUGAGUUUGAUGAUUCUUUUUAUAGAAUCUAAAUUUGUUAAUGGACUGCUGUCUAAACAGUUCAUGUUACAGUGUUAGUAGAACGCGGUAACUCUAUUUUAUAGACAACUCGGCCAAGUUUCUCGAAAACUAUUUACUCAACUUAGCUCAACGGAGACAAAUUCUGAUUAUUUAAAGUGACACUCUUGUUAAAAAAAAUACAUGCACAUGUAUAAAAAACUUCAAUUUUGACAGAUACAUCUUUAACUACUUACUAAAUAAUGCAUUUAUGGAAAAUAUUAAAUACUGAUGACAAGAUUGUAACGUUAUUUAAUAGCUGGAAACGCAAAAAAUAUUAAAUGAUUGGUGAAUGCUUAAAGAUUUACUGUGAUCUGCUAUAGUCUCAUAAGGUAGAAAUACCAUGUUUUAUGCACCUUUAUUUCAAAUUAAACUCGUAUCCUUCAUAACAACCAUAGUUUCCAACAUUUAUUCAUCCUUUUCGGAAUAUUAAACAAUAUUAUUAAUUGUGGUGAAUCUAAUUUGGGAGUAAGAGUGCAUCUUUAUUCCGAUUCAUUCGGUCAUUUAUUACUUGUGAUUUAAAAAUGUGUAUUAUCUUGAUAAGGUCUUUAGUUAUGCAUACAACACGUAGGCCCAGACUAUAAAUGAAUAUGUAGAUUAUUGUCCCAGUGUCCCUUAAACAAUUUUUAUUUAAAUUAUUGCCCAGACAUACAUCACGGCAUAUGACACAAUAUAGAUUCACAAGUUACUUCAAUAGUUAGUGUCUGGCCCUGAUUCUCAGUCACUUAUCACUCUCAAAGUCCAAGACUAUCGACUUCAGGGGCGGACCACCUAGUGAGCACUUGAAUGAGGAAUGAUGAGUGAUAAGUAAAACUUCAAAAUGUAAAAUGCUGUGUCAAAAUGUAUGUUAAGCACAUAUUGUUUAUCGCAUAAUUCAAAUCCGUUUUAGUGUGUGCAUUACAUGCAUUCCUCUCGUUUGAAGUCAUACACUUGAAACACUGUUUGGCUAUGAGGCUCCAAUGCUGUCACGCUAAUUUAACGCUGCCAGGCUGUCAAAGUAACGGGCUUAUUUUUGCAACUUUACUUGAAGUAUUUCGAAACUAUCUAAAAACAGCCUUCUAUAUAGAAGAAGAAAGUUUAUUCAAGGAAACACACAAUAUACAUUUGAAAUAGGCCAACAUGACCCGUGAUCAAAUUCAUCGAAUACAAUAGCUUACGUAUACAAAUUCAAAUUCAAAUAGCGAACAAGUAAACAAGUAUAAUUGUAUCAAAUAAAUAGCAGCUGUACCUAGGAGAGUUUGAUAUACAUAUCAUAAAUACAUAAAUAAUCUAUGAAAUGAUAUAUGGAGCUGCUAUAUUAAUAUGAUAAGGUGCGUGAACCAUCUGAGAAAUGUAAAUUAUUCAAGGGAAAUGGCUAGGGUCAUUCAAGGCCAGGGACCAUAUGCAUAAAGCUUUUUAACGGUAAAAUUCUAACUUAAGUCGAUUUCUUAUAAUUUUCAUAGUCAAAUUAAAAGAAAUGUAUAAAUGUUUUUAACAUUAAAGUACGUUUUUUUCAAUUACGUCAAUGAAAUUAAUGUAUUUUGGAAUAUUUUUUUUACUUCAUAGGACAAAAGAGACCCUCAAAUUAGGAUAGAUUCUUAAGUUAGAAAAUGACUUAAGACGUUUUAUGAACACCGCCUCUGGUUCUUAUAAAACUGCUUCUACGUUUGUUCGACGUUAGCUUUGCGCACAUAUUGAAAUGAACGUGAAAAAGCAGCCGAUGCAAAAACAAAAAAAUGUUUGAAGAAUGGAAAUCUUGCCGUCUCUUUCCGUAAACACGUGAGAAGAUGUUUGCUAUUUUCAUUUCAAAUUACUGGUUAUAUUUAAUAGCUAAUGCCAAUCGAUGUCAAUUUGUUAUGUCUCAUUGUUUUACCCUUCAGACUCCGUGCUAAUCGAAUCCUAUGUUGUUACACAGUUUAAUUUUCAAAGCCGGUUUUCCAAAUCAUUGACAAAUAAUUAAUGUAGAAUACUUAUCCUGUAUAAUAAUUAUACAUGAUACGACAUUGUUAAUAGUGGCUUUCGGUUGAUAAUUGUCCAAGUGUUGUUGUUUUUAUUUGUUAAAUGUAUUGUUGUCAUUAGCGUUUCAGCUUUACGUUAAAUAAUGAUUUCACUUAUCAUGUGAUUAAAUUUGCCCCGCGUUAUUAUGACGUCAUAUGAUAAACUGUUUCCGGUUACGGUCAGGUCAUUCUAUUUAAAGAAUGGGUAAGAAAGAUUUACUGUAAGGUUUUCUUAAAUGAAAUUGAAUAUUUUUUUUAAACAAUUCUUGAAAGAAAUUAUGAACUUUUAGUGUAAAUAUACGUUAUGAAUUGCAUGAUUGAUGUCAUUAUCGGGGAUAUGAUCGCAGCUGUGCUGGUUAUUUAAAAGAACGGGUGGAUUCCUUCGGACUCCACACACUUAAACCAGCCAAACUAUAUUCAUACCUCUGUGAAAAUAAUAACGCCUCAGUAAAAAUAACUAACCUCGAAAAAAAUAUUCUUCCCACUGGGGCAAUUAACAACCAAAAGCCAUGAUCAAUAAUGUAUUAUUAUAUAAUUAAUGUCCCAGUCAAAGUGUCACGUUUUAUCCGCCGCGUCUAGCUACGUUCGGAAGUGUGACUGAACCGUGAUCAAACUUGACACGGCACAACGUGAACUGGAAAUUUUACAUUUGGACAAAUUCAACAUUCGCUACUGUUUCUCAACGUGGCAACAACGUGUCGAGAACGUGAUACAACGUAGUAUAACGUAGCAAAAACCUCCAUGUACAAUAAGGAAUAAAUAAAGUUAAAUCAAACCCACCGCUCCCUCUUGUAGCUUUCAGAGCCAACGGCCAUCUGCAUGGCCACCUGUCGCUUUAUGACCUCCUGUGGUUCCUGUGCGUAUGGGGACUCCUCUGACUUAGAUUGCUUCACCUCUUCCUUAGGGUAGCAAUUCUUGUGUCGGUGGAGGAAGCCAGAUUGUGGUGGUCUUGGUCGCACCAGCACUUUCUAUCUCGUCGUCACCCAUUGCCUCUAACUAAGUUUCCGAUAAUAAGUUGUAUUAAACAGCCUUUGAAAAACUGAUUUGUCAAUAAAUAUGAGGUAUGUAUGUGGAAGUUUGUAUAUUUUGACGCCUUGGGGACACUUUAUUUAUAUUUCUUACGCUUUUGUACUAAGAUUUAUUUAAGGAAUGAA